AUGGCGGCCACCCAGUCGUCAUCAGCCCGCUUCGAUGGUUCUCUUCUCUCUCCAAGCACAAGUGCCACCCAGUCACCAUCAGCCCGCUUCGAUGGUUCUCUUCUCUCUCCAAGCACAAGUGCCACCCAGUCACCAUCAGCCCGCUUCGAUGGUUCUCUUCUCUCUCCAAGCACAAGUGCCACCCAGUCGUCAUCAGCCCGCUUCGAUGGUUCUCCUCUCUCUCCAAGCACGGGGGCCACCCAGUCGUCGUCGUCAUCAGUCCGAUUAGAGCAGUGGCCAAGUGUGUUUCCACUGCCUUCCUUUUCAUAUGAUGUUGAGUUGCGGCUAAGAAAGGCGAAUGAGGACUUUGAAAAGGGAAAAACUCUGGUCGUUCCCAGGGACAUGAAAAUAAACAUCUUGGAGAAAUUGGCUGAAGUGAUGUACUCCUUCAAAGCUUAUCCAGAUGAAACCCAAGUUGGAAAAGUGGCAUCUGCUCUGGUGCAAAAGUACCCCUGCCUUGCACACCCAACUUCUGAAACGGGCUGCGAAGCUUGGAAAGUGAGCCUAAGAUCCAAAAUUGCAAAUUACCGCCAGAAGCUCCGUAAUGCUGGAUGCCGUGAGAUGGCCGUCAAUACUGGUUCAAGACAAGGCUCCCUGAAGAGACCCAAGAGAUCAGAGCUGAACUUUCUGCCUGACCAUGCAGUUGGUUCUAAUGAAGAGGAGUUGGAGAGGGAAAGAGCAUGGAUGGAGGAAGAGGUGAAAAGGAAGAAUGUGAGCUUCACUGUUUUGAAAGAGAAGAUGGAGACCACGUUUUCCUUAAGAAGAAAGGAAAUUGUCCAGGAUCAGCCGCUGGUGAAAUCGAUCAAGGGGAGAUGGCCAGGACUGUUUUUCGAGCAGGAGGUUUGCGCUGAAUUUUUCCGCAUCAACCGCGUGGACCUAAAGGCAACCUUCCUAACAGCGCUGGACAGCCAUACCCAGGGGUUCCUGAGACUGUACAGAGCCAAAGCAAGCCAAGGAAAGUGGAAUGACUUGAACAUGCUUCUGGAGACACUGGAUGCCCAGACCACAGACCUGACUACACACAGACGGUCCACUGUUCUCCGUGGUCUUCCCCUGUAUCUGAAGGAGCAGGCCUCUCUUUCAAAGACACUUGAGAAAACUGGCGGCCCACCCACCACAUUCCCACAGGUGGGAAUCGUGGAAUUCACCACUGGACAAAGUCCCACAAUCACCGAUGCAGCUGUGGUGCUGGAGGGAGAAGUCGUUAUGGAGGGACUAAAAGACUUGACAACGGCAUUCAUCAUGCUGUUUGGGCUGUUCUAUGCCCUCAAUAUGGAGUACCCAAAAGAGUUGAGGUACACUUUUGAGGCAGCCCAAAAAAUCUUCCUUAACCUCGGCACACAGUGCACCGCAAAGAUUCGCUCCUUAAAAUUGAAGUUACUGGUGUAAUUUUAUAAUCGGUGUUGCUUGGCGAUCUCUCUCUCUCUCUCUCUCUCUCUCUCUCUCUCUCUCUCUCUCUCUCUCUCUCUCUCUCUCUCUCUCUCUCUCUCAUAAAUAACCACUUUUUUUGUUAUCAAAUGUUUAAAAGUGGUCCUGACUGUUAUGCCGGUGCGUGCUUGCCUGCGUGUAUUAACAUUGCCAUUUCUGUUUGUGUUCAUCUGUGUGUGUUUUCAUGAGUGU